AUGGACUUUUCUGCCUCAGAAUUUGUUGGAACUUUCAACUAUGUUGUUGCUACGAUGGUGAUCGGGGUCGCUCCGGCGGCGGGGGAAGGAGGGAGGAUGUGCUGCGUCGAAUGCCGCACCACCACCACCCCCAUGUGGCGCAGCGGGCCGACGGGGCCGAGGACGCUUUGCAACGCGUGCGGUAUCCGAUACAGGAAGAAGAGGAGGCAAGAGCUAGGUCUCGACAACAAGCCACAGAACCAGCAGUUAAACCAACAACAACAACACCAACAACAGCAGCAGCAGCAGCAGCAACAACAACGAGAAGAUCACGGAGAGGCAACAAGUGCAGUAAAAGACAGCAGCAGCAGUAGCAACAACAAAAGCAGUAACCUCCAAGUGGUGAAGAAGAAAAGGACGGUCUCAAUGGGGGUGGAGGAGGCUGCAUUCUUGCUCAUGGCCUUGUCCUCCUCAUCUACACCCCCACUACUACAUGGCUGA